AAGAGUGAGGAGUAUGUCUGGUCGAGGCAAAGGCGGGAAGGGGCUCGGCAAGGGCGGCGCUAAGCGCCACCGCAAAGUGCUGCGCGACAACAUCCAGGGCAUCACCAAGCCAGCCAUCCGCCGCCUGGCUCGUCGUGGCGGUGUGAAACGCAUCUCGGGUCUCAUCUACGAGGAGACGCGCGGUGUGCUGAAAGUCUUCCUGGAGAACGUGAUCCGUGAUGCAGUCACCUACACGGAGCACGCCAAGAGGAAAACGGUCACAGCCAUGGAUGUGGUGUAUGCUUUGAAGCGCCAGGGACGCACUCUCUACGGCUUCGGCGGCUAAUACUCCGGUUUUGGACAGGUCACUUUUUCAGAACACAAAGGCUCUUUUCAGAGCCACCCACGCUUUCAAAA